GUUCAGCUGGGUUCCGAGCCAUUCAGGUGUCUUAGGCAAUGAAAUAGCACACGAUUUAGCACACUCGGCCACCGAAUUGGGCGCAUCCCGACAAACAAGAAAUUCACGUUAAAAGAAAGCCGAAAGUUGGAGAAAUAUUGCCAAGACCUGAAGCAUGCACAUUUCCUGUCUUUAAAUGUGGCGAGACACCUGAGAGGGCUAGACAGCACUUCCGGGGCGGCAUGUCCGCAAACUCUAUGAUGGACUGAAUCGAAUGGAUUCAGCAAUACUAAACCAGCUACGAGGAGGGUACUGCAGGUUGAAUGCUUACCUGUUCAAGAUUGGGCAGGUCGACAGCGAACUAUGCGAGUACGGUAACAAAGAGACGGUCGAGCACUUUCUGCUAGAGUGCCCAAGAUGGGAUGCACAUAGAAAACGACGACGGAAACGAGAAGAACUUGAAAAGCUCACAGUGACCAGAAUGUGUGGCGCAUACUCAUCCGAGAAGUUAGAUGGACCUAUUGAGAAAUGGCGGCCGACCAUGCAGACCGUACGAGAGGCUAUUUCAUAUGUAAAGGACAUAGGGAGACUGGAUGCAAGGACUACAAAUUAGAAGUAUAGGUGCAGGGAUCUGCAAAGGUAAUUU